AUGCUUGCUGGAAACCCUCUCCGCCCACCACCAUUCACCGGCAAGCUGGCGACAAAUAACCACCACGCGUGGAAAAGGGGUCGCCGUUGCGUUCCCGCCGCAUCAGGUUUGCCAGGAGCGUACGGGUUUACGCAGCACAUUGGCUGCAACGGCCGCCAGGGCCAUCCCGGAUGGGCGUCAGUGCUCCCGUACGCCAGCGAAUGCAGCAAGGCUCUCGACCCCUGCGAUGAAGCAAGCAGCUCCCCGUAG